GUUUAAGUGUUUGGAAAGAUGGCGGAGCAUGGCUGAGUACGCAGCUGCUUGGUUGACAUGAGGGAAAGUUUUUAAGUACUCCUAGAUAUUUUUGUCAUUGUUCCGAAAGAAAAUGACGGGGGAGAUGACCUAAGCGUCUGUUAUUGAUGCAGCUAUGUAUCAUUACAAUAAGUCUCGAGCCAGACAGGGGAGUUCGCAGGAAGGACAGAACUUGUUUGGACCUCAGUUUAGUCUCCAAGCUUCUGCAACUGUUGUGGCUGAAAGACCUAUCACUAAACAGUAUCCCAGAGAUGUCCACCCUACGUCCGCCUCCACUGUUGACCCCUCCACCUCCCUCCUGAAGAAAUACGGCCAGCCCACUGAGCUCCAGAUUGCAGCCAAGAGCCAGCAAGCUUCCCGAUUCCAGUCUGACAAACCCGGAACACAACCCCAACGUAACGCGCCUAAUGUUCGCAAGCAGACUGUGGUCCCUGCUGCGGCGUAUGCACAUGACCUUACUAAUAAUGACCACAAUAACCUUGAUGACAGAUACAAGAUUGUCCAGAAUUCUGGGAAUAAUAGAAAGAACCCGUCCAUGCAUUUACCAGGUGACCGUGUGAUAUUUGCUGAAAGUCCGUCUGCUCCGGGAGUGCCAAUAGUUUACAGAACGCCCGAGGAGAGGGCAGCCAACCCUGACCGCCUGAAUUUAGACAGGCGUCGUUUGGCAGUGUGUCCCAUUCUGGAAGGAGAAGAACAGUUACGUUUGCUCAACUACCAGCACAAUGUGAUCACCCAGAUCCAGCACCUGAGCAGUCUGAAGAGACUGAUCUUCCUGGACCUGUAUGAUAACCAUAUAGAGGAGAUCUCUGGACUCACGGCACUCAGGUCUCUUAGGGUACUCAUGUUAGGGAAAAAUAGGUAA